ACCUUUACACCAACCUGUAUUUUUCCAUUCGCCACCAAAGUAAAAUUAACGAUUGUAAAGAGAGAUUCUUUUUGAAAACAUAAUCAAUUGCAAAAUGGCGACCGCAGCAUCACACGAAGCAGGCAUUAAGCCAUUUUUCAAACAGAAGAUACAGGAUUUUGAGAUUCAAGUCAACGACAAGACACAAAAUCUGAGAAGACUGGAGGCACAAAGAAAUGCAUUGAACGCCAAAGUCAGGGCAUUAAAAGACGAGUUGAAGCUUUUACAAGAGCCGGGAUCCUAUGUGGGGGAGGUUGUGAAGGUUAUGGGAAAGAAGAAAGUUUUAGUGAAAGUUCACCCAGAGGGAAAGUAUGUCGUGAAUGUGGCGAAUGACAUCGACAUCAAGAAGAUCACCCCAAGUUUGCGGGUCUGUCUUAGAAGUGACACCUAUGAAUUGCACCAAAUUUUGCCUAACAAAGUGGACCCAUUGGUCUCCCUCAUGAUGGUUGAAAAAGUUCCUGACUCCACCUACGACAUGGUUGGUGGUCUUGACAAGCAGAUCAAAGAAAUCAAGGAGGUGAUUGAGCUUCCGGUGAAGCACCCUGAACUAUUUGAGAGUUUGGGUAUUGCUCAGCCAAAGGGUGUGAUCUUGUAUGGACCACCCGGAACAGGAAAAACAUUGUUGGCAAGGGCGGUGGCCCACCACACAGACUGUAAAUUCAUUAGAGUCUCAGGAUCGGAGCUGGUUCAGAAGUACAUUGGUGAGGGAUCAAGAAUGGUUAGAGAAUUGUUUGUGAUGGCCAGGGAACACGCCCCUUCCAUUAUUUUUAUGGACGAGAUCGACUCUAUUGGAUCCUCCAGAGUGGAGAGUUCUUCGGGUGGAGGCGACUCUGAAGUGCAGAGAACCAUGCUGGAGUUGUUAAAUCAGCUGGACGGUUUUGAAUCGUCGAAAGACAUCAAAAUCAUCAUGGCUACCAACAGGUUGGACAUUCUAGACCCUGCUCUUCUAAGACCGGGAAGAAUUGACAGAAAGAUUGAAUUCCCACCACCAACACUGAACGCUAGAACUGAUAUUCUUAAGAUUCACUCGAGGUCGAUGAACCUGACGAGAGGAAUAGAUCUUAUGAAAAUCGCAGAGAAGAUGAACGGCUGCUCUGGUGCUGAGAUCAAGGGAGUUUGCACAGAGGCCGGAAUGUACGCACUAAGGGAAAGAAGAAUACAUGUUACACAGGAAGAUUUUGAACUUGCCGUUGCAAAAGUCAUGAACAAGAAUGAGGAAGGUGCAGUUUCUAUUACCAAGCUAUUCAAGUAAGUUUACGCCUCGUCGAUUCUCACUGCAUUAUUACUCAGCCAGGAUCUGACGUCGUCAAGAUUGACAUUUGCUUGGACCGCUUUGCAGAUCCAAGCUCUAUCAUAUUCGUGUUCAUCCAAGAGCAGCGAGACCAUCAACAUUUUUUUGGUAGUUGCUAGGUCCACGCAGAAAUAAAAUACAGGCGAGCUCAUUAGCUGUGUUUUAAUAUGGUUUAGAAUUUCGCCGAAGUUCUUGAAGGACACCAUCCCGCUAGAUUUGCACUCCUUGUUUUUGCACCACGUGUUUCCGCAGCCAGAGUUCAGUUGCAGGAUGUACCGUCGUUCGACACGGCUGCGCAAUUUUUGGCCAGUUGGAUCAUUGACAGGUGAAUAUAGUGGCCCAAAACAAAAAUCACAUAAUUUCAGUUCGUUUGAAGUAGCUGCUUCUCGAAUGCAAUUGACAUUCGAGCAGAUCACGGGUUUAGGCUUUGACACUCUGUUGAGCUCGUGAAGCUUCAUAUGCGACUCCAAGUCUCUAAGUCUGACAUUUCGCUUGCAUCUUGGACAUUCUGUAGUUUUUGAUCCACAUUCGAGCUCGUGCUGUGACAUACCAGAAAGGAGAGCAUCCGUAGAGGCCUCCAUCUUGGGCACCAUCAAAUGACAAAAUCUACACUCAUGCAACGUAUAAGGACAGCUUGUAGCAACAUGCACACAAUGGUCCACCAAUCUGGUUGAGACCACCUGUGAACAUCGCGAGCAUUCCAGUGUUACAGGCUCGUGAUAGUAUUUUCGGUGUCUGUUGAAAGAUGCUUCGUCGUCUCCGUACGCUUCGCAACAGUGCCAAUGAUUUUCAGGCACAGUUCUAAGGAACACCUUGCCACAGCCGUGCGGACACUUGACAUUGUUGCGCAGACAAAAAUUCUCGUGCAUGAUUUUAGAGGUAGCAGCUACCGUGGCUCCACAGUUGCUGCACACAUUAUCUGAGGACACGGGAUUGACUGUUUCAGACGAGUAUGCCGACAGUUGAACCAGCGUGGGCCCAAAGGGCAGCAGGUACAGCGUUUUUUCAAAGUAAGGAAACGUAUUCUGGAGCAUCAGCUUGUUGUCACCGUUCAACGUAUGCCAUAUAAAAGAAUGGUCGCUUACAUUGGGUAAGUUGGAAACGACAUAGUCUGUAUCAGCAGUGAUGAGCACACGCUCGUGGUCUUCUAGCUCAAGCUUGAGCAACUUAUCGGUCUGCGCACUUUGGUUGACGCGAAUAGCGUCGA